AUUACUAUAUUAUUCAUUUUAAAUUAUUUUUUUAAUUUAAUAAUUUUGUUCUUUUUUUUUUUUUAUUUUUAUUUAUUUUUAUUUAUUAAUAGUAUAUUUUUUUACACAUAAAUAUAAAUAUUUUAUCCUUAAAUUUCAAAUUUUAUCUUAUAUAAAUAUAUAAAUUAUAUAUACAUAGUUAGAUAAUAAAAAAAAAUUAAUUAAAUUAAUUAAUAUAAAAUGUUAAAAUCAGGUUUAAUUAACUUUUUGUUAAAGAGAGGAAAUGGUUCAAAGAAUUAUUUUCAAUAUCCAAAUAUAGUACCUCAAUUAAAAAUCAAAUUUAAAAGUCAGAAUCUUUAUUAUUCCAACACAAAUAUCAAUAUGAGUAAUAGAGGAGAUGGAAGUAGUUAUCACCACCAUAGCAACAUGGUAGAUAUUUCGCCAAAAACAAUUGAAAUAAUUAAAAUUAAAAGUCAAGCAAUUGGUGAAACCUUACGUCCAAAAUUAAAAUCAUAUGUAGAUAUUCAAGUUGGUAAAAUAAUUGAAAAUAAAAUUAAAAAUAAUCUUGGGCGUAUUGUAAGAGUAGAUGAAGAUUCAACAGUGUACGAUGCAAUCAAGGUAAUGAACGAAAAAAGAGUUGGUGCCACUAUUGUUGUUGACAAAAACAAUAGAAUGACAGGUAUCUUUUCAGAGCGUGACUAUCUUUCCAAAGUUGAUCUUAGAGGUUUAACACCAAGAGAGACUCUUGUCAAGGAUAUUAUGUCUUCAAAAGUAAUCACUGUUUCUGGUGACAGCGGAGCAUCCAAGUGUCUUUCCAUUAUGACCAAAAGAAAUAUUAGACAUUUACCAGUCCUCGAUAACAAACGUUUAAUUGGUAUGCUCUCCAUUGGUGACAUUGUAAAGUAUAUUAUUUCUGAACAGAGUCAAGAACUAAAUGGUUUAAAGAGUGAUAUUCUUCAUGACUAAAUCAAUAUCUUUUUUUUUAAAAAAAAAUAAAAAAAAGCACAACAAUCUCCAGUUUUUAUUUAAAUAUU